CCAGAACAAAUGCGCCCAAAUUGGUGUUAUAUGGGUUAUACGGUCCCUUGUGUCUUAUGUCAUACUGGCCAUACGAGAGCCGAAGGAAGCCUACCAUGCCAACUUCGGAUAAUCAACACUUCCAACUUCUUACUCUUCCUCAGCCACUCUACAUUCUCUUGUUGUCGCUCUUUUGUUAAUAUCUCCAUUCCUCUUGUUCCCUGUAUCUUGACACCUCACUGCCCCGCUGAUCGCUGAUCGCUGAUCGACGAACCAUUCGAAAACGUCACCUGAGAGGUUAAAUUGCGAGUCAAACUUGAUCGCUCCGCCCCCAGAGAUUGAACCCGACGAUCACAACGAAAGGCAACUCUUUACACCCAACAGACCCAAAGGCAAUCGCGACCUAACGAUCGAUCGCGAAAUCGUCUUCGAAGGGCAGCAACUACGCCAGUGCCUAACGGCCGGACCGUACCCGUCGUUAUCGAUACCGGAAACGUCGGCUGCGAACGAAGUACUUUGACCGCCGGAUCGAGUCCAGCCCGAUCGAUCGGAGAACGGAAAUAAUCACCAGCGGCGUCGCAAUCAUAAUACCUCUCCUGCGCGCUGCGUAUAUAUCUUAAUCCAGCAAUCAAAUCACGAUGUCGAACCUUUUACGGACAUUGUUCCUCCUCGCCCUUCCCCUCGCUACCCUCCAAACCGAAGUGAAGCCAGGGACCAACCUCGAUAUCGUACCAUUCAAUACACUGCCACUAUGCGCCCAAAGCUGCGGUAAGCUCUUUGACGUGGCAUACUCUUGUAUCCCCCCAGCGACGCCCUCGCCGGACAUAAGCUGCUUCUGCAAAAAUGCUCAUACGACCUCGGUGGGACAGGCUGGCGCUGCCAACACGUGCGCUUCUGCGUGUCCUGUCCCAGCAGAUCUGACAGCUAUUCAGACAUGGUACAACGGGCUAUGCGCAUCGGGUGGCACGACACCAACUACAAAUGGCGGCACGACUGGGGGUACCGGCACUGGAAACACAGGCACGGGAUCGACAAAUACUGCAAGCACGGGAGAUUCGACUGGAACUGAUGGUAGCACAAUCACGGCCCCCAAAAAGAAGACUUGGAUCGAGGCUCACUAUCAAUAUGUCAUCAUGAUUGCCAUCAUCGUUGUCGCUAUUGUCGGUGGAUGGAUCGCAGCAGCAUUUUUCCGCCGCAGGUACCUGCGCAAGCGCGAGCUGAACUACGAGAUGAGGCCGCCGACUGCGCCUUGGGUUACGGGCCAUUCGGGCCCUACCGGUCCCUAUGGCGGCGGCGGCUUUGGAGACGGCUCGGCAGGAAAGGAAGGCGCAAUGAUGACGACGCCGAUGACAGCGGCGCAGGUGAAGAAGGAGAAGAAGAAGUGGUUUGUAAGUGAGAGGACGUGAGGUGUGGGAUCAUCUACGGGUUUUGUAUGGGUUAGAUUGAAAGGAGUUGCUGGGCACACUUGUAACCGAAGCACAAAGCAAGGGAGUGUGAUGGGUGAAGGGAGCACUUGGAACAGUGGCGGGCGUUUUGGGCUGGAGCAGGGUGCAUAUAUUGGCUGUAUUGACGAUGCAAACUUUGGUGAAACAACCCAUUGGAGAGAGUGGGUUGAUGUGGAAUACUUGUGAGAGGAGUUGUAUUAACGAGUUUCUGUCAGGACUAUACCUCAUGUUCAAAUUGUACUAAGGAUAGUAUAGGAGAGCCAAUUUUAUAUUGUAGGUGUUAAAUCGGUGCGUCGUUAAAAAUUAAGUUAAUACG